AAAAAUAAAUAAAUAUUGCAUAUAGAGAAGAAGUUCCGGGGAGUGCUCAUCUGGUUUGAACACGUUCUUUGUGCGAGGGAGCGGCAGUACUUCAUUUCUAGGGUUUUACUGCCCCCGUUUGUUCCCUGAUUAUAGCAGUAGGUCGCGAAGAAGAAAACCAUGGGGUUCCAAAUGCAGCCGUACGGGAUCCAAUCAAUGCUCAAAGAAGGCCACAAGCAUCUCUCCGGCCUCGACGAAGCUGUUCUCAAGAACAUCGACGCCUGCAAGCAGCUUUCCGCCAUCACCCGCACUUCUCUCGGUCCCAAUGGUAUGAAUAAGAUGGUGAUCAAUCAUUUGGACAAGCUCUUUGUGACAAAUGAUGCUGUCACUAUCGUGAAUGAACUCGAGGUUCAGCAUCCUGCGGCCAAGAUUUUGGUUUUGGCAGGCAAGGCUCAGCAGGAGGAAAUUGGGGAUGGAGCUAAUUUAACAAUUUCUUUUGCUGGGGAGCUUCUUCAGAACGCAGAAGAACUUAUCAGGAUGGGCCUGCACCCAAGCGAGAUAAUUAGCGGGUACACAAAAGGAAUCAAUGAGGCAGUUGAAGUCUUGAAUGAACUGGUCGAGAAAGGUUCAGAAAAUAUGGACGUAAGGGAUAAGGAACAAGUUGUUUCUGGAAUGAAAUCUGCGGUUUCCAGCAAGCAAUAUGGGCAAGAAGAUGUCUUAUGCUCACUUAUUGCUGAUGCUUGCAUCCAAGUCUGCCCUAGGAAUCCUGCAAACUUUAAUGUGGAUAAUGUCCGUGUCGCAAAGCUUUUGGGAGGUGGCCUGCAUAAUUGUACGGUGGUUAGGGGCAUGGUCUUGAAGAAUGAUGCUGUUGGGACUAUUAAGUUUGUUGAGAAGGCAAAGGUUGCUGUUUUUGCUGGUGGUGUGGAUACUUCUGCAACUGAAACAAAAGGAACUGUCCUAAUUCACAGUGCAGAGCAGCUAGAGAACUACACAAAAACUGAAGAAGCCAAAGUUGAAGGGCUCAUUAAAGCUGUUGCUGACUCUGGAGCUAAAGUCAUUGUUAGUGGAGCAGCUGUUGGAGAGAUGGCAUUACAUUUCUGUGAGCGUUACAAGCUCAUGGUCUUGAAAAUCAGCUCAAAGUUUGAACUGCGGCGAUUUUGCCGUACAACUGGUGCUGUUGCACUUCUGAAGCUUAGCCAGCCGAACCCAGAUGAUUUGGGAUAUGUUGAUUCCAUCUCAGUGGAGGAAAUUGGUGGUGUGAGGGUGAUUGUUGUGAGAAACGAAGAAGGGGGAAACUCCGUAGCUACUGUUGUUCUACGAGGAAGUACUGAUAGUAUAUUAGAUGAUCUUGGAAGGGCUGUUGAUGAUGGUGUGAACACCUACAAGGCAAUGUGCAGGGACAGCCGUACAGUUCCUGGAGCUGCAGCUACAGAAAUUGAGUUAGCUAGAAGACUGAAGGAAUUCUCUUUUAAGGAAACUGGAUUGGAUCAGUAUGCUAUCGCAAAAUUUGCUGAAAGCUUCGAGAUGGUACCUAAAACCCUGGCUGAAAAUGCUGGUCUUAAUGCAAUGGAGAUCAUAUCGUCCCUUUAUGCUGAACAUGCAUCUGGAAAUGUCAAGGUGGGGAUUGGCCUUGAGGAAGGUGUAUACAAGGAUAUCUCCACCUUGAAUAUCUGGGACCUCUAUCUUACUAAAUUAUUUGCUCUGAAAUAUGCUGCUGAUGCUGCAUGCACUGUUCUACGUGUCGAUCAGAUUAUAAUGGCGAAACCAGCUGGUGGCCCAAAGAAGAGAGAUCAGCCUGCAGGGAUGGAUGAGGACUAAAUUUCACGGAGUUAAAUUUCAAGAUCCAGUGUUUUUGGUGCCUCUCUGAGCAGGGAGGUGGGUGCAGCAAAAAAGUUUUGGGCCUGUUGAAAUGAGGAACAGAUGGUAUUCCCGGCUUGCAUACACCACGGUGGAGUCCGAUUUCGUUUGAAGAUCAUGGGUAUUUGUUGAAAAUUCCUGUAUCAGGUUUGAGAAAAAAAAAAAAAAAUUUAAGGAUGGGGGAUUCCAAUGACUACUGUGGUUCUCUUGACUCUUGAGGAAACAAACAUGGGCCAUAUUUAGAUUGAGAAUUAAUGAGUUGUUUUGUGCCA